AUGUCGAUUCAAUCGCUUGAAGACUUAAUCACAUCACUACUUGACACACUUGGAGCGGCCAAUGAUGACGUGAAAACUGAGGUAGCCGAAGCACUGGUGAACUUGGGCCAAAAUCAAUACCGUACAACCCUGAAGACCAUUCACACUUAUUUGAUUCAACAUAACAAGAUUGCCCCUCAUUUACGAUCGUUUUUGUUGCGCUCGAUGACGGAUGUUGUCUCAAAUUCUAAAGUUCUUGAUGCGGUCGACGAGCAAACGAUGCUUUUAGUGAUUAAUCUAGCGACGCAGGAGUUAUCCAUGACUAAGGAUACUGAACUCGAAUGGGCUGAUGCAUCAAAAGACCUACUUGUGACGAUUGGGAAAAGCCAGAAACACGUCUCACAUGUACUUGACGCCGUGUUACAGAAGUUUCCACCUGGAUUCGCCAAUUCUCCCCAUCGAUAUGUUGUAGUCGUUUUGGGCAAAAUUGCCGAGCAUAAUCCCCAAGGAUUCGUGCAUUUCUUGACGGAUGUUCUUUCACGAGCGAUACCUUUAUUGCCGAACAUUCGUGGAGAUACAUUAAGAUGCAGUUGGGCUCGUGCGAUUUGCUACUUUUGUGAAGCUGUACGAGAAAGCGAAUCGGCAGUUCGAGAAGUCAAAGAGGACACAAAUAUUGCACAAGAACAAAGCUCGACGAAUCGUUUGACAUAUUGUGAUCAAUUUGAGACGGUAUUUGAAGUGAUUUUCACCUGGAUGAGCUCAAAAGAUUCAAAGGUACGAGCUGAGGCGGCUGAAUGCAUCGGUGAACUGUGUUUGAUGGUACGAAAACAAAAGUUGAUUGACGAUUUGAAGAAACUGGUGACCACUUUUCUGGGUUUGUACAAAAAGUCGAGCUCCGAGAAUCAUACAAUAACACAGGGUUUAUGCCGCUUCUUGGAGGCCACAUGCAUGGACGAUAUUGUGCCAUUGGAUCCAUAUCUUGACGAAUUGUUGGCUGUUCUUUUUCCGCAUACUUGCCUCGACCCGGAUGAUUCAAAUGCGAGUCCCUCCCAAUCGGCCAUCAAGAAUCACUCAGAGGCCUUUCGGUGUUUUCAUGUUGCAGCAAAUCGAUUUGCUGAUAGAAUUGUCUACUUUCUUUUGCACAAAAUGCAACAUACACAGGAUAUGCAAAAACUUGGAGCAAUCAACGUGAUGCGACAUCUUCUCAACUCUUCAGGCUCAUCGAUGGAGGAUAAACGCUCGCUAGUGAUGAUGGGGUUGAGACGGUUGUUGGCUGCCGAACAAGUCGCGACGAUUCGAGUCAAGAGAGCAAUCGUUCAAUUGUGCGUGGCGCUUUCUGAUCAUGCUUAUGUGGAUGCUGAGGGUGGUCAACAUGUUAUCGCUUUUUUGGUCCGGAACGUGAUAAAUCAAUCAGAUGAUCAAGUCGGAAAACGAGGAUUGACGGAUGAUGUGGCCGGAUUGAAUCAAUUGAGAACGCAAUGUGCUCAAGCUCUUCACACAAUUGCUUCAACGUCAUCUUGUGCGAAUCGACUUCUCUGGCCAUAUUUAUUGGAGUUCAUCUGUGUGAAAGAAUACACCCCGGUGAUGGCCGAUCUCUGCAAAUGUUUACGAACGCUAAUCGUGAAGACAAAAGAAAUGGGACAAACGAUAGACUAUCAAGAAGGAUUUGAGAAAGAAAAAGUCGCUGGAAAGUACCAAGUUUUUGCUCGUCUCUUUGUGAUGAUGUGUUGUGCGCCACUGAAUGGUCUACUAGGAAGGAGAGCGCGUGAAACACUCGGGUUUCUCGGACAAAUUGGUGAUUGGCUCCAUCCAUCAAUAAGUGCGAUUGUCGCCGAACAUCAAGACGGGUUGAGCGCGCUGAUUGAAGAACUUUCCACGAGUGUUUGGACGGAUUCACAAAAAGUUGGCGAAGCCAAAUGGCGACGAGUCUCGAGAUGGAACGAAGCUGUGCUGGAGUUUCUGGCAGUAACGGUUCUGUCGGUGAAUGACGGAGAAUGGCGGCAAGAAGUGGCGGCUGCUUUCGGAAAACAACUUGAGUUGUACAAGGAGAUGCAACACGAAAAGGCAUUCGCGUUACGCUGUUUGAGCAUGGUACUCUCUUCAAUCGCUAAUACGACUUUCAUCAUCGAUCACACGCAAUUGAUGUUCCGCUCAACUAAUCACGCGACGACUGCUGAACGAGUUGGUUGCGCAAAAGGCAUUGGCGCCAUCGCUAGAAUUCAUAUGGAUUUGAUCUUGACUCAACUUGAAAAUAUUAGCAAAUGGGAGCACUCAAAGAAGAAUCAAAGCUGGUUUGGAUUCGUAAAGGGUUCCUAUACGGACAUCGAGAUGGUGCAGUUGAGAGCUACGUUAAUGCUUUGCUAUGGGCAUGUGGCAUUUUCUUGUCCGACAGAAGCCGUAACACAACGAGUUGAGCAAACAAUUGUUCCGUUUCUACGCACCUACAUGACGAAUCAAAAGCAAGAAGUUGUCGUCCGAGAAGCUCUAUUGGAGACAAUUCGUCUAAUCGCUGAAGCUUUAUCUCCGACACGCAUUGGACCCGAUUAUAGUUUUGAGUUGCGAAACGAAUUGUUCACGUUUUUAAAGGACUGUGUUCAACUUGAAACAAGCGAAACGUUGUCAAGCUCAAUUCGUCUACUUGCUUGUCGAGCCGUUGCUUCUUUAGUAUGUCUUAUGCCGCGUUUGACGAACAACGAAGUUUGGGAACUUUCCAACAUCUUGGUCAAAACGAUCUUGCCGAUUUCGAGAGAAAAGAGCGGUUUAAAGACGAACGAAGAGGAGGACUCGGCGACGAUCAUGGAUGCGACCGUUUCACAUUUGGGAUGUGCCAUAGAGGCGAUCAUUCGAAACAAUUCAAGUUUGUCGAUUGUCACGCAGAUUUUGCAGAUUCUUCAAACAUUCUACGGAAGUUCGGCCGAUCAUGAGCGAUUGAGAGCUAUCGAUUUGACCGUUCUCUCUUUACGAGUCUACUUUGAGAGCGCAGAAGAUGUCCAAUUGGGGCAUGCAAGUGAUUUCCCUCCAUUCUCAUCGAUUUUGGCCAGAAUGGCUCCACGAGCGGUUGAUUCAGUGCAUUCAGUGAGAGUUCAAGCAUUGCUCGCCUUGCAUAGCUCCCUUCGUCUUGCCUACAUCUUCAAGGGUCAUUCACGGGAAACGGACCUUGCUGCCUUUUCGAUCACUGAGAUCACGGAGAAGUACAAUUUUGAAGAAGGAAAACUUGAUGGCCAAACGGCGAAGAAAGUUGUCAAGCACAUUGCACAAAUAAUCGAAGCAAAUCUCCCUCCUUCACAACAACAAACUUAUCUAUCGGCACUCUUUGACAUGCUCGGUGACAGACAAAACCAGGUUUCAUCUGCGUCCGCUCAACUACUAUCGAACUCUCUAGCAUGUCGAGGAGCCACUUUGCAUAAUGAAGGAGCCACCAUCGUUUCGUCAAUCCUUUCAAAGCUUCCCGAGAUACAUGGAUGUGUGCAAACGUACACCGAUCUUCUCGCUUCACUCUGCGCUUUUUACUCUCAUCAGCAAUAUGUUGUCAUCGACGUUUUGCUUGAACAACCUCUACCGUAUUCUAAAGAGUUAUGUGAUGCUUGGGAGUGCAUCUCACGGGAGCGAGCCCUUUUCCCAUCACUACUUGACUACAUUUUGGAGUUGAUGUUUGAAAGUUUUGUUCAUCCAUAUGAUCUUGUGGAAAUUGGCGGCGGUACAUCCGUGAAAGUAUGCAACGCGAAGCCAUUGGUUUAUGCAUCAGCUUUGACGGAAUUAUUAAAGGGUGGUGAGCCAGAAUCGGCGAUCGAGGAGCGUUUUCCAAUCCUCUUGGCCACAUUGAUUCAACUACUCACCUCAGUCUCUGGCACACAAUUCCCAGUUGUUCAAAAGGAUUCUCGAGAUACUGGAGUUAGCAGCCCUUUGUUGAUCACUGCCGAGCUUCGUCGUUCUAUGGAAAAACCAGCAGGGCUUGCUGUUGCUGUCAUUAGAACGCUUUUACAACGAAUGCGGCUAACGGAUAUCAUUGAAGAAAUGAACACAUUACGAUCCUGGAGUGAAUGUUUAGAUGCGAAUAAUUUCUUGAACUCUAUCGCCAUUCUCACCUGUGCAAUCGUUGAACAUAUGCCAAAAUGGGCAGAGCCGCUCGCUGAUCGACUUAUGGAAAAGGUGACAUCUGAACAGGAACCGUUACGAUUGGCGGCUGUGACCGUGGUAUCCGCGUUGAUCAAGAAAUCACCGAAUCAGGAUGGACGAUUUGACGAGCGCCUCCUUGUCGAUUGUGUAAACGCAUUGCAAAACACGCUGAAAGAUGAAAGUUUGAGGAUAAGAAAACUUUGCGUUCGUGGUCUUGGCGAGAUUGGUGAAUGUGUGAAUUUGAAGACGGCCUCAAAAUUCACCGCAGUAGCUGUUGUGGCUUCUAUGCAAGCACUAGAUGAUAUCGGUGAUCGACGAGAUGAGGUGGCAAUGGAGGCGAUCAUUUCACUUAACAAAUUGGUUCGACGCGCCGCUGAUUCGCAAUUGAAAGAAAUCCUCCCACAAGUGCUGCUGAAGAUUCGGCCUUGCUUUGAGAAGGAAUCCGCCUUUCUGCGAGCAUCCGCAUUUUCUUUAUUCGGCGAACUUGGACGAAGAGUUGGGGAAGAAACACCUGAAUUCCUCAUCCAAUUGCACUCAAACAUUGUCUCAAUUUUGCUGCAUUUUGGCGAAGAUGAUCAACCAGUGCAACAGGCCUGUGGCACCUGUCUACGUGUCGUCGGUCGUCUCUUCACUUCUGAUCCCCUUUCUCAGUUGAUCGAUCGUUCGGUUAUGCCAAAUGGAAGCCCAUCAGUCUCAUACUACUUGUUGCAAAAGGAUGUAGCCAUGAUUUUAGCACUCUCCUAUCCGGAUUAUGUAAAUACAUACGCACUCUCUUGUUCUAAUUAUUUUAAGUCGACGUCUAGCAUUGUUAGGGUUAAUGCUGCACAUUUCACGGGACAUUUACUUGGUUGCCUUACACCUCCACUACGAGCCACCAUUAGCAAGGAAUUGAUUUUUACAGGUUUGGUGUCGCUUCUCAAAGAUGAGAGCAUUUUUGUGCGAAUCGCCGCCACGAAGGCCAUCGCUCAAUUGCACCAAUUUUCU